AUGGGGGUUUUCGUGUUGCCCAGCUAUGAGUACAUGAGAGCUGAGUUUGAUCAAGAGGUGGACCAACUCAAACUGCGAAUAGUUUCGUCCCAUCAAAAAGGGGACAAUAAUUAUCUCCCUACAUUAAGAAUUUUUAUGACAAGUGAAAACAUGGGAUAUGAUCAAAGAAAAUAAGGACCUCCAAGUUCCACCUUUUAGGGUGAUGGUUGCCACAAUGCGGUGUGAAGAGAUUGUCUUUCGAGAGCUGGGGCUCUUAAAAUCUAACCAGGCUUGGUUAGAAUUACAACAAAAUGCAAAAAACUAUCUCGUGAAGGACUUCGGUAAAAGAACAAGCUUAAUCUUGGAUGCAUCUCUCUCCAAAUAUGAUGAGGAAUCUAUGAAUUUAGAAGAAAAUGUGACAAAGGAUAAACGCCAUUUUCUGAUGUCAGAAGCACUAAAGGUGGUCCAUCCUGCUUAUAUGCAUACGUUGGGUCAUAUACGUUCUGAGGCACUGCAAAGCUUCAAGACUCAACUCGAAAAAAGUAGAAUAAACUUUUCUAAAUCUGCAGUUCGGAGAGGCCAUGACUCUUGUCUGCUUCAGUUUACUCAGCAAAUGUUCAGGUGCAUAUCAUAA